UUUAAAAAGAGCUUGUAAAGCCGCGUAUGUCAUGUGUUUAUGCUUAUUUGCGGAAUAAUUAUUUGUCACUAUUGACUGUAUAUGUAAGGUUGUAAUGUUCGCUUGUAGGUGAUACUCUAUAAACGUGAAAAUUAACUUUCAGUUUGGUAACUUUCGUGCUGUCUGUAGUUGACAUUUUAAGCAAUAUUGAAUAAUUUGUAUGCAAUGAAUCCUGAAGCUGAACAAAGUGAAACCGAUGAUGAAGAAGUGGUUAAGAAACCUGGAUUUGUUUCGCCUCGAUCUCAGAGAUCGGGUAGUCCUUGGGAAUCAAUGAACAGAUCACGAUCUAAUUCUGGAAGUCAUAAAUCAUCUCCUAUUAGAUCUGGUGCAGAGUCACCAGUACCUAAUGAUCAAGAACAUGUACAACUGCAACAAUCAAAUGGAAAUGUAAGGAAAUCUCGAUCAAGAUCUAUUUCAAAUGAGUCGUCACCAUUAUCAUCAAAAACACAUACGAGAUCAUCUAAAUCUGACAGAUGUAUCAAGGCUUCUAGAUCAAAAUCGAGCUCCAGAGAUGGAUCGGCAUCACCAGCUUCUGCAUGUUCGGUGAAAUCAAGGUCUAGGUCGAAAAGCACUUCUCCAGUGGACUCGAGGAAGAGCUCACCAGUUAAGUCUAGGAACACUUCACGCUCCAGAUCAAAUUCACCAAAAGUAAAAUCACGAUCUCACUCCAGAUCCAGUUCCAAAGAGAAUUCAAGAUCUCGAUCGCGAUCAGUUUCCCAAAAUCGAACAGAUCAUGAGAAGUCUCGUUCAAGAUCAGGGUUAGUAAAAGCAAAGUCCAGAUCUCGGUCUAAAUCUAAUUCGCCAAAGUCGAUAGUUGGGUCACGUUCAAGAUCUGGUUCUCCGAAGUCAACAUCGAGAGCACCUUCUCCAGUUGAAUCACCAAAAAGAGAUUCUAGAUCUGCCUCUCUGAGGCCAGCAUCGAGAUCUGGCUCUCGAUCUAUUUCUCCAAAAGCAGGCUCUAGAUCGCGAUCUAAGUCAGGCUCCGUAAAAGGUCACUCAAGAUCCCGCUCUAGAUCAGGAUCUCGAAAAUCUUUUAAAUCUCGUUCUCGAUCAAGAUCUGGCUCUGAAGGUGAAAAUGCCACAUCAAAAGCAAGAUCCAGGUCAGGAUCAAGAACAGGCUCACAAUCGCCAUCUGGGUCACGAAAUAAUUCUCCACACAAUUCAAGAAAAUCUCGUUCGAGAUCAAAAUCUGGUUCUCCAGCAUCCAGAAAAGGGUCUCGUACUUCCAAACAUAGUUCUCGUUCUAGGUCACGAUCCGGCUCCCCAGACAGAACUGUAAGGUCAAGAUCGAGAUCAAGAUCCCAUUCUGGUUCAAGAAAAUCAUCACCAGUGGCUUCUCGGAAAGGAUCUCGAUCAAGAUCUCCAUCAGUGACCCAAAAGGCAGCAUCACGUUCAAGGUCUAGGUCUGUUUCUGGUUCUAGAAGAAGUUCACGUUCAUGCUCAAGAUCUUAUUCGGGUUCAAGGAAAUCAGUGUCAAGAUCAAGUUCGAAAUCGGGCACACCAGUGUCCAGAAAAGCUUCUCGUUCUCCUGGAUCAAGAAAAGGUUCUCAUUCCCCUGAAUCAAGAAAAGGUUCUCGUUCACCAGGUUCAAGGAAAGGUUCUCGAUCUCCUGGAUCAAGGAAAGGUUCUCGUUCACCUGGAUCAAGGAAAGGUUCCCGUUCACCUGGAUCAAGGAAAGGUUCCCGUUCACCUGGAUCAAGGAAAGGUUCUCGUUCACCUGGAUCAAGAAAAGGCUCUCGUUCACCUGGAUCAAGAAAAGGCUCUCGUUCACCUGGAUCAAGAAAAGGCUCUCGUUCACCUGGAUCAAGGAAAGGUUCUAGAUCUCGAUCUGCAUCCAGAUCGUCACGUUCCCACUCAGUGGCGAGUUCACAUAAAUCUAGAUCUAGAUCGAGGUCAGGUUCACGAUCUCGUUCAGGGUCACGUUCAAGGUCUAGAAAAUCAGGUUCUCGAUCAAAGUCAAGAUCAGUGUCUAGAUCGAGAUCGAGAUCAAAGUCGCGAUCUAGAUCGGGAUCAAGAUCAAAAUCAAGAUCGAGGUCUGUCUCAAGAUCAAAGUCAAGGUCAAGGUCUAGAUCAGGUUCUAGAGGUUCUAGAAGUCGCAGCAAAGAUUCUGCUGGUGUCACUGCCAGGGGAAAUAGAGUAUUAUCAGAUUCCGAGGGCGAGGAUGCCGAAGUGAAAGGUAAACGGAAAACGAAACAUGACAUAUCAGACUCGGAGAAUGAGGAAGAGGGUUUAGCGAAAAGGAAAAAAGUUGAAGAGGAAGAAGGUGCCGAAGAAGAUGAGAAAGAUAAAAAACCUGUGGAAGACAAGGUUCCUGCUGAACAACCGGAGGAUGAAGACUCGGAUGAAGGAAUUCGCUUAGGAGGUGGAGAGGAUGAUUCAUUAUCGGAUUUUGAUCGGAUGUUAGCACGCAAAAAAGAGGAACAGUCUAGGAGACGUAAACGCAAAGACAUCGAUAUUAUUAAUGACAAUGAUGAUAUUAUUGCACAAUUGUUGUCGGAUAUGAAAAAUGCUUCAGAGGAGGAUAGGAGGCUAAAUCAGCAGAGUAAACCAGCCACAAAUAAGAUAGCUAUGUUGCCAAAAGUAAUGUCGCAGUUGAAAAAGCACGAUCUACAGUUGGCUUUCUUGGAGCAUAAUGUUCUUUCCGUGUUGACCGAUUGGUUGGCUCCGAUGCCUGACCGUUCAUUGCCAUCUCUAAGAAUUAGAGAAAGUCUUUUAAAAUUGUUGUGGGAGUUUCCAAAGAUUGAUCAGUCGUCAUUAAAACACUCGGGUAUAGGAAAAGCAGUAAUGUAUUUAUAUAAACAUCCUAAGGAGACAAAGGAUAAUAAAGAACGAGCUGGUAAAUUGAUCAAUGAAUGGGCACGUCCUAUCUUUAAUCUAUCUGCCGAUUUCAAAGCUUUGUCGAAAGAGGAAAGAAUGCAAAGAGACCUAGAGCAAACACCUCAAAAGAGGCGAAAAACUGAUGAGGGGGGAUCGUCCCAGAAAUCCCAGGACAUUAAUAAAGCGCUUAAAGGGGAUGCCAAACAAUUAAGACCAGGAGAUCCUGGUUGGGUUGCUAGAGCUAGGGUUCCUGUUCCAUCGAACAAGGAUUAUGUGGUUCGUCCUGACUGGAAAUCCGAUGUUGAUAUUAGUAGAAGUACCAAGAAACAAAUGAACCGGUUCCAGAAGCAUAUGAAGAAUUACAUAGAUAGUAAAAGAAUGAAAGCAGCUAGAAGAGCAGUGGAUAUUUCCAUCGAAGGGCGCAAAAUGUCUUUAUAAAUUUUCCUUCAACUAUGUAGUGAUUAAGUACGAUAAUUCGCAAUAUAUAGAUGAAAACAAAAAUGUACCCUAACAACGGCAUUCUGCAAUUGUUUUAAUAAAUAAAUUGUAAGGCUUACGGAA